UUCACCUCGACGCGAGUCGGAGCGCUGAUGGCCGUCCGGUCCUCGCCAUGGCCACGCCCGCCUUUGUCGACGCCUUCAGGGCCCUACAGACGUCGACCGCCCGCGCACACGCUAUUGCGGCCCUUGCCCACGAGCUCUCGCCCUACGAGUGGCGCCAGCUCCAGGCCUUGGUCGACGCCAGAUCCUUCCACUUUGACAUCGUGGGAACUUUGCCCGCCGAGCUCGUAUUCCACAUCUUCUCCUAUCUCGACAUCUCGACCCCGUUUCGCCUCCAAACUGUCUCCCGCCGCUGGUAUAGUCUGCUACGAAGCACAGACCUGUUGAAGCCCGCUUUGAGAAGAUGGUACGACAAUACACUCCCACUUGAAGAUGCCAGCUAUGAAGACUGCCUUCAAAGAGCCCAUAGUAUUCACAGGUUCCGAACGGGACGGCCUAUCGAGGUCGCCGCCACAAAGCCCGCUCCUGAAUCCUCUAAACGUAUCGCUCUGUCAGAAGACUUUUUCAUCCAUGUCCCUUAUCCUUAUCGUCAGGUGCGUCUGACGAAUCUUCGCACUGGUGAAGACUGGAGAAUGGCAACCGAGGGUCGAGAGCUGAUUGACAGGAUCUACGCUUCUAACGAGCUCAUUGCAUUCUGGAAUCAAGCACAAACUUGCUACAUAUUUGAUUAUUUCGCCAGGCAGAGGGCUAAACUUCGACUGCCGCCGUCAAUGAACAAGUUCCGCGGAUGUCGGGAGCGGACCUUUAUCUGCGGCGGUAUUUUGAAUCAGCACAUCGAGUUGUACCUGUGGGACCUGGACUCGCAGAAGGGCAGAACACUGCGAUUGGAUCAGCCACCGCUCGACUCUGCUAUAACUAGCCCCCAAUGUUUAGACAUCCAGUUGCUCCCUAAUCCCAGCUCCAAGACUUUUACCCUCUUCUCUACAAAGACGUGCGAAGCUAGAUGGUGUGGGCACCAAGUCGACAGCAUGUCUAUUGAUUACUAUGUCAUCACGUUUGACGGCCAACUGGUGCAACAAAACAAAUUUGUCAUCCCACUCACGGCCGAGAUCACUGAAUUAGCAGGGGCUUCGAUUACCAGCAUCCACCCUAUCGACCGAAAAGGCGGCUAUCGCAUUAGUGUAUUCUGCCGCUACAACCACAAUGGUUUUACUCAUAUGUUCAACUUCGACGAAAGUAUCCAAGCAUUUAGCAUGCCGGAGCAGCAAACGCGUUCUGCAGAAGACGUGCGAACUGCUUGGUGGAAGGACUCCUUUUAUCAGAUCCAUGUACGUGAGACUGUACAGACCAAGAGCAUGAGCUUUUACUUCGACCACAUUGGGAUAAGUGGACAAGACCCCAAGAGAACUUUAUGUUUUCAGGACAGCGCUUCACUUGAUGACAUGGACGGCGGCACAGACAUAGCGGUCUUGCUCAACGAUAGAUUUGCGGUAGUUCAGGCGUUCAAGAGACUGUAUGUGUUCUCCUUUGCGGUGGAAGCGAAGACCGCCAACGUCGGGACAGCAGAGGAAUCAGGACUGGAGAACGAGCAGAUGGGGGAUCAUGUACUCUGGACGGUAACAAGUAACACGCGGUAGUCCACUGCCUGGUCUACACAUAUUUGGUACAAUCUAAAAGACUUAUGGAAGGUAGCGGUCAGCCAAACGCAAGUACGAGCACCGUACGCUGUGCACAGACUAGCACAGCAUUGGUUACCCUCACAAAAUUCCCCCGCGCUAAGCGCUUUCGGGCGGGUGCGGGGGGCCGUCCACCAGACCGCGGCAGCCUCCGAAUCUUUUUCCUGUUGACUCUCAAACCCGACAAGAAAAUUUCGAGAGCUCCCAUAACCUUUUCCGCGCUCUUCGCCUGCCCCUCGCCGUUCCGACAUCAUGGUUGAG